CCAUGAGUUCAGACCAGGAAAUGGCCAUUUUUGGGGAGGCAGCUCCGUACCUCCGAAAGUCUGAAAAGGAGCGCAUUGAGGCCCAGAAUAGGCCCUUCGAUGCCAAGACAUCUGUGUUUGUGGCGGAGCCCAAGGAAUCCUUUGUCAAAGGGACUAUCCAGAGCAGAGAAGCAGGGAAGGUGACGGUAAAGACUGAAGCGGGAGCGACUCUGACAGUGAAAGAUGAUCAAGUCUACCCCAUGAACCCUCCCAAAUACGACAAGAUCGAGGACAUGGCCAUGAUGACGCACCUGCACGAGCCCGCCGUGCUGUACAACCUCAAAGAGCGUUACGCAGCCUGGAUGAUCUACACCUACUCGGGCCUCUUCUGUGUCACCGUCAACCCCUACAAGUGGCUGCCGGUAUACAACCCCGAGGUGGUGACCGCCUACCGAGGCAAGAAGCGCCAGGAGGCCCCGCCCCACAUCUUCUCCAUCUCCGACAACGCCUAUCAGUUCAUGCUGACAGACCGAGAGAAUCAAUCAAUCCUGAUCACCGGAGAAUCCGGGGCAGGGAAGACCGUGAACACCAAGCGUGUCAUCCAGUACUUUGCAACAAUUGCGGUCACUGGGGAGAAGAAGAAGGAGGAAGCUGGCAAAAUGCAGGGGACUCUGGAAGAUCAAAUCAUCAGCGCCAACCCCCUACUGGAGGCCUUUGGCAACGCCAAGACCGUGAGGAACGACAACUCCUCUCGCUUUGGUAAAUUCAUUAGAAUCCACUUUGGCACUACGGGAAAACUGGCUUCUGCUGAUAUUGAAACAUAUCUGUUAGAGAAGUCCAGAGUUACUUUCCAGCUUAAGGCUGAAAGGAGCUAUCACAUUUUUUAUCAGAUCACAUCAAACAAGAAACCAGAACUAAUUGAAAUGCUUCUGAUCACCACCAACCCAUAUGAUUACCCAUUUGUCAGUCAAGGGGAGAUCAGUGUGGCUAGCAUUGAUGAUCAGGAAGAACUGAUGGCAACCGAUAGUGCUAUUGAUAUUUUGGGCUUUACUAAUGAAGAGAAAGUCUCCAUCUACAAGCUCACGGGUGCCGUGAUGCAUUAUGGGAACAUGAAGUUCAAGCAGAAGCAGCGUGAGGAGCAGGCCGAGCCAGAUGGCACCGAAGUUGCUGACAAGGCAGCCUAUCUCCAGAGUCUGAACUCUGCUGACCUGCUCAAAGCCCUCUGUUACCCUAGGGUCAAGGUCGGCAAUGAGUUCGUCACCAAAGGCCAGACUGUAGAGCAGGUGUACAAUGCAGUGGGUGCCCUGGCCAAGGCCGUCUAUGAGAAGAUGUUCCUGUGGAUGGUCACCCGCAUCAACCAGCAACUGGACACCAAGCAGCCCAGACAGUACUUCAUCGGGGUCCUGGACAUCGCUGGCUUUGAGAUCUUUGAUGUGAGUUGUUGGAAUAAGCAGCCUUAUUUAGGUCCCUCCAUUCCAGGGCCUUUUGAGGACCUAGUGCUGCUGGAUGAGUGGGGCAUACAGAGAUGGAAUGAGACACAUUCCUUGCUGCCAAAGAGCUUUUAA